AUGUACCUCUCACCCAGUUCCCCGCUUUCGGUAACUUCGCUGCCAUCGCCACGAGGUAGCGCGCAUCGCCACGAGUUCGAGCUUGCCGGCGGUAUCGAGGACUGGGAGGACGUUAGGGGCGCAGAUGUCGAUCGCUACGGCUUCAUCCAGCCGGGGAGCAGGCGGCCUAUAUCCAGGGCGAGCAGUGCCCAGGCCAUCAAGGCGGCGCAGGACAGGGAGGCCAGGAGGACCGAAAAAUGGAGAAACAUGGCCAAGAUGAUCGAGGGCGUCCAGGUCGAGUUCGACACCAGAAGCCCGAAGCUCAUCGAGAGGACAUGGAAGGGCAUCCCCGACCGCUGGCGCUCCUCGGCCUGGUACUCAUUCCUGGCGUCGAGUGCACGGGAUGCCAAGUCUGAGGUGACAGACCAGGAGCUCAUCGCCCAGUUCCACAGCCUGCAGGAGGUCAGCUCCUCCGACGAUGUGCAGAUCGACCUGGACGUGCCCAGGACCAUCAAUAGGCACAUCAUGUUCCGAAAGAGAUACCGAGGCGGCCAGAGGCUGCUGUUCCGUGUCCUCCACGCACUGUCCCUGUAUUUUCCAGACACAGGGUACGUGCAGGGCAUGGCAGCGCUGGCGGCCUCUCUGCUGUGCUACUACGACGAGGAGCGGUGCUUUGUGAUGCUGGUCUGGCUGUGGCAGUUCCGGGGCCUGAAACGACUUUACCAGCAUGGCUUUGGUGGGCUUAUGAUCGCACUGCAAGAUCUCGAGAAAUAUUGGCUCAAGGGCAAGCCAAUCUCCCAGAAGCUCAAUGAUCUUGGGAUCGACCCCACGGCCUACGGUACGCGUUGGUACCUCACGCUCUUCAACCUGUCGAUACCCUUUCCUGUCCAGCUGCGUGUCUGGGACGUGUUCAUCCUGCUUGGCGGUUGUCCGCCAACACUCGAGCCGAGCAGCGGAAAGGCGAAGCAGAAGGAGCAGGCCAAUGAGCCUGAGAGCGACAUGAUCUUUGACGGACUCGACAUCAUCCACGCGACCGCCGCAGCACUGAUUGAUAUACACAGAGAUGUGAUCAUCGACGGCGAUUUUGAGAACGUCAUGAAAGGCCUCACAUCUUUCCAGGAAGUCAAGGACGAAGACAAGUUCAUCAACCUCGUCAGGGCGGAGUGGAACACACAUCGAGGGAAGAAGAAGGGGUAGGACCUCUCCGCCAUCCCCGAAGUCGACUCUACGGAUGACGAGGAUGACGACACGAGUCCAAACUUACUUGGUUAUCACAUCAAGUCGUACUUGCAGAUACCGGAUCUGUUUGCGUCCUGGGGGAGCAAGGAAACACAGAGCUCAGCCGGACGAAGUUAGGGAUCGCAGGCCUCCUCCCAUGUGCUCUCAUGCUGGCCGUCACUACACCAUCACCCCGAUUCUUCUACAACAACAACUACCACUAGGCCUUCGGGCGGACCACGACUACCAUCACCGUUAUUGUCGAUAUUCUUUUGUCAUCAGCCACUUUGUUUCUGAUUUCAAGGGGAAAAAAGAAACAAGUAUAGGAUAGGCUAUGCGGGCUGCUUUUCUUGACGACCCACCAUAUACCCCCACCCCGCGCCUCUUUUUUUAUUUAUAUUUUGUUGAUAUCACCAUACCCCAGUUUCAAGACCUUAUGGAGCCAAAUUGGUCAAGGCCCACACUUUCGUAUUUGUUGUAUUGUCUGGAAGGACAGGACAGGCAGGCUGGGUAGGAAUGGUUUAGUAAGAUAAUCAAAUUGUGCUCAAGAUGCACAACGG